UGUAUAUAUGUGUGUGUGUAUAUAUGUGUGUGUGUGUGUGUAUAUAUGUGUGUGUGUGUGUGUGUGUUCUGUGGACAAGUGCAGGUUUGUAAGCUGUUGCUGAAGUUUGGAGCUGAUGUAAACAUUAGCGGUGAGGUCGGCGACCGGCCGCUUCAUCUGGCUGCAGCUAAAGGUUUCCUCACCAUUGUUCAACUACUGAUGGAGGACAGAGGAAAAACCGAGGUGAAUGUUCAAGAUAAUGAAGAUCACGUUCCUCUGCACUUCUGUGCUCGGUUUGGACACCACGAGGUCGUACGAUUCCUGCUGAGAGGAAACUUCAGCACCCAACCACAUUCUGUCAACAUCUACGGAGACACACCGCUUCACCUGGCCUGUUAUAACGGGAAGUUGGAGGUGGUGAAGGAGCUGGUUCAGCUCACUGGAACCGAGAGUCUCUGUAAGGAGAACAUCUUCAGUGAAACAGCGUUCCACAGUGCCUGUACGUUCGGUAAAGAUCUGGAGAUGGUGAAGUUCCUGAUAAACCAGAACGCUAUUAGCAUCAACCAUCAGGGCCGAGACAGUCACACAGGUCUUCACAGUGCCUGUUUCCAUGGACACAUCCGGCUGGUUCAGUUCCUGUUGGAUCACGGAGCUGAUAUGAACCUGGUGGCGAGUGAUCCGAGUCGAUCCAGCGGAGAGAAAGACGAGCAGACGUGUCUGAUGUGGGCGUACGAGAAAGGUCAUGAUGCCAUCGUCACCUUACUGAAACACUACAAGCGCCCCCUGGAGGAUUCACCCUGUAAUGAGUACUCCCAACCAGCAGGAGAUGGAUCUUACGUUUCUGUUCCAUCUCCACUGGGAAAAAUCAAAAACAUGACCAAAGAGAAAGCUGAUAUUCUCCUGCUAAGAGCCAGUCUACCAUCUCACUUCCACCUUCAGCUCUCAGAACUGGAGUUUCAUGAGAUUAUCGGUUCGGGAUCGUUUGGGAAAGUUUAUAAAGGAAAGUGUCGCAACAAAAUCGUCGCCAUCAAGCGGUACCGAGCGAACACGUACUGCUCUAAGUCAGACACGGACAUGUUUUGCCGGGAGGUCUCCAUCCUGUGCCGGCUGAAUCACCCGUGUGUUAUUUCCUUCGUUGGCGCCUGUCUGGACGAUCCGAGUCAGUUCGCUAUCGUGACUCAGUACGUAGCCGGAGGAUCGUUAUUCUCGCUGCUCCACGAACAGAAACGCAUCAUUGAUCUUCAGUCCAAACUCAUCAUUGCUAUCGAUGUGGCUAAAGGAAUGGAGUACCUGCACAACCUCACUCAGCCCAUCAUCCACCGAGACCUCAACAGUCACAAUAUUCUCCUGUACGAGGACGGACACGCUGUAGUGGCAGAUUUUGGAGAGUCUCGUUUCCUGCUCUCUAUGGAUGAAGAUAACAUGACCAAACAGCCUGGGAAUCUGAGGUGGAUGGCCCCGGAGGUGUUUACCCAGUGUACCCGUUAUACAGUGAAAGCCGACAUGUUCAGUUACGCUCUGUGUUUAUGGGAACUGCUGACUGGAGAGAUUCCUUUUGCUCACCUUAAACCUGCGGCUGCGGCGGCCGAUAUGGCGUAUCAUCACAUCCGGCCUCCUAUUGGUUACUCCGUCCCCAAACCUCUGUCAGCUCUGCUCAUGAGGGGCUGGAACGUCAAUCCUGAGGAGCGACCCGAGUUCUCUGAGGUGGUGAAUAAACUUGAAGACUGUUUGUGGAACGUUGAGUUGUUCUCUCCAGCCUCCAGUAACAGUAGUGGUUCUCUCUCACCGUCGGCGUCGUCUGAUUGUUUGUUGGGUCGGUCGAGUCCCGGGCGGAGUCACGUAGCAGCUCUGCGCUCACGGUUCGAACUGGAGUACGCUUUAAACACACACUGGAGUUAUGGCCGUCGUUCCUCUCAGGGUUCCUCACUGGAUGAACUGAGGAGGAACAUGCAGUUCCCCCCCAUCGACCGAAAUGGUUAUGUCUCAGAUCCGAUGAGCACCGUGAGGUUUCACUCCAGCAGUAACACCAGCUUUGAAGACUCGAGCUGAACUGAUCACGUCAUGAUUAAAGAUGGUCUGUAAAUAAUCCGGGUCUAAAUUUCUAAAAUUUGAGAUAUGAAGAGAAACACUCACUGAUACACACUAAUACACACUGAUCUCUCUGUACUCGUAGUUAAAGGUUCCGGGAGGCGUGUCGAGUAUUCAACUAAAUGUUCCUGUAGAAACGUAAAGAAACUGAGCGUGUCCCAAAGUGCUGCAGAAUAUUUAAGGCAGCAGCAGAUUCCUCCUGACCUGCAGUUACGGAUAUAAAAUCUACACAGAACAUCUGAAUCAGUCCUGAGCUUCGUUUAGUGAUAAUAAUAUAAUAAUAUUAUAAUAUUAUAAUAAUAACCUGCAGUCAGUGUCACUGUGGGAUGAGUUUAAUCGUUCUGCACUAAUGUCGGUGUAAAUAUUAAAUAGAUUUUAUGAUUUGUGGUGUAAAUUCAUUAUUUUUAUGUUAGAGCAGUAAUUCUUUGUGCUUCAGUUUAAAUCAUAUUUUAUUGUUUGAAUGUGCUUUAGCUUAGCAUAGUGUUCAGGAUUUCACAACACACACAAGACAUGAACAAAAGGAAACCAGUGCUAACCAAGACAAACAUGCAGUGAUUGUUUACACAAGUGCCCGGACGAUGCCUGAUCUGUUAAGAGAUCGUUAUGUGGACAAAGAAAUCAAGGUUAGAAAUAAAGGACAGGCGUAAGAGUCUCAUUAGCAUUAUUAGCAUCAUCAUUCAUUCAUUUGUUAUUCAUUGGUUUAAUAACAAGAACAACGUCAAUGAAUUCAGAUUAAACUUUAUUAAGCCUCU